AUCUAAAAUAACUCUACAACAGAACCUCUCUCACUCUUUUCACAGCUCAAUGGCCAAUUUGAAGCACGUGUUCAUGAUCACUUGUGUUCUUCUAUGCUUGGUUUUCCUGAAUGGAAUUGCUUCAGCUAAGGCGAGGGCACUGAAAAAGGAGCACGUGUACGAAAUGGGUGCAGUGGAAGACAACAUUAAUCUCCUGUGGCGGCGCCGCAUGAUCGAAAACGCCGCAACAGCGAGAACAAGAACCUUAGAUUCUCCGAAUAAUGCUGGUGGAUCCGACAACUGGAUCGAUGAUUUCCGACCAACGGAUCCUGGUCACAGCCCUGGAGCUGGUCAUUCUUCCCCUACACCAAAGCAAGCUUCUAACAAUGGUGCCCCAAGGCCAUAGGAGUAUAUAUAUCAUUAUUCUCCUGCAUAUAUAAAAUUAUUAAUAUUAUAUUAUAUAUAUAAUGUUCAUGCAUUUAUAUUAAUAUUGCAGUAUUUAUUAUUAUGCAAUUAAUGUGGCUGAUGAAUAUUAGUCAUGUCACAGAAGAUGUAGUUUCGAUGCUUUGUGUGUGUACUAUGUAAAUUAUGUCCCUAUUGUUUGGAAAAGCAGUAGUGUUGCUGCUAUAUAUAGGUCUUCUCAGCUGAAUAUUUAUGUAAACAUAACAUAUGUGAUGUGUUAUCAAUAUUGUGUUCCCACUUCUUGGUGCAGUUUCA